UUCAGCUCAAUCGAAUGUAAUUCUGAAGAGUUAUCGAAUAAACGGACGGCCGGACACACUGACCGAUUCUAUAGUGUACUCUUUUUUUUUUGAGUACACAAAAAGGACGACAUGGGAAGGUACUCAUAAUAAUUCCACAAUACUAUCUACAUAAUUAUCAUCAUAUAAUUUUUUUCUUUUCAUUUGAUUGUAGGUAUACUUGUUAAAUUUGGUCAAACUUAUUCGAUCAAUUGGUUUUAUUUCUUCUUUCUCUUCAAACUUUAUAAAAAAUUGAUUUCUUGCUAUUUACUGUUAUAUGAUAUUUUUUAUGAACUUACGCAUAUUGAUCCAUAGUGAUGCUAUCUUUUUUCUGAUUGAUAUACUUUGUUAAACUAGUCUAAGUCGUUUUAUUUAGUUUCUAUCUAACCGGCUGAAAUAUUUUGAAAUUGUCAACUUUUGAAAGGUUAUUGCUUUCUUCAUUGUCAACUUCUAUAGCUAUUAUUACAGUUGCAAUUGUUGUGAACUUAUUUAUAUAAACAUAGAAUAUAUUUUUGUAUAACUUUUCGAAAUUAAAAUAAAUAUAAUCUCAUUGAACAACAAUCAAUAUCAUGCAAAUAAAAUUAACUUCAUUAUCUAAAACUCAAGCUUUUGCAAAGAGAAAUUUAGCUUUCAUGGCUGUAUGACAAAAACAAAAGAUAAGAAUAGGUCGUUAAAGUUACACACUAUCAAUUAAAAUAUCAUUGAACUUCAGUUGCUUCAUUUAGAUAACUUAUCAAUUCCUAGCUACACUAGUUUUGAAUACCUGUUACUAACUUAAAAAGAAAAACUUCAUUAACCUAAAAUCCCUGGAUAUUUAUGCAUCAUCAAUAGAGAAAAAGUUUUGGUGACAAACUCACAGAAAAAAAAUCAUAUUAAAUUAUGAAAAAACUUCCUGAUUGAAAAAAAAAGAUUUUGUAUAUAAUUUUCAUAGAGUGUUGUUAUUAGGAGCAUUUUUUUGCUGGCUCUUGUAAUUUGGAUCACUGUUCUUAAUAACAACAAAUUUUAAAAUUUUAAAAAUUUAAUAACUUUUUGUGUACUCCAAAAAAAUGAGUACACUCUAGAUUCGGUCAGUGUGUCCGGCCGGCAACGCGAUAACUUUUGAAAGUCUCAUCCAAUUGUCAUGAAAUUUUGUACACAUAAUGAUCUCAUUAAUAUCUCAGUCGAGUUCGAAGAUGAGAAGGAUCCGUCAAGAAAUGGAUGAGUUAUCGAAAAAAUUGUCAUUUUUGACUAUACCAUCCCUGAGGUGGAUUACAGGGAUUUUUCAAAACAAAAAUUUCUCUCAGAAUUAUCCACAACAUAUAUAAAUCGACUCAGUUUUUUAACGCUGAUUCCGAAUCUGAUACUAGUUUUGAACUAAAUCGUAGCUUUCUAACGAAACAUCGCCUGAAAAAGGUCUCAAAAUGCACAAAAACUGAAUUCAGAAACCAAAUUGCCUAGUUUCUCAUGAUAAUUUUGGUGUUCAGACAUUCUCGAAUGACUCACAUAUCCCUUGCACUUUUUGCAGUACACAUAACUCUCGGAUGAAAUCCGAAGUUUCCACAUUUAUUUAUUAAAAUCUAUUUUUCCUACUGCUCUUCGCUCUAAAUCUUGAUUUUAUGUAUGUAAAAAUAUUAAUAACAUUGAGCUAAAACUUGUACAAACCUUAUGGAAACGACUUGAUAUAUAGUCCUGAAAACUUUUUCUUUUAUUCUGUUACGAUUUGAAGAAAUAUAAUAAGAUUUCUUUUUUAUCAGUUCUUCCUUUGUAGUUUUCAACUGUGCUUCUGAACUAUUCUUAGACGCUUGAUUGUAACCGUGAGAAUGUAUUUUGAUAUGAACUUUCACUCAUAUAAAGACAUAUAUGCUUCUUAUUAGAAGUUUGUUAUCUGAGAAAGAAAGUAUCCAAUUUCAAUGAGAUAAAAUAGAAAUCAUCAAGCCUUUUUAUGGAUAACAGUAGACUAAAUUAUUAGAACUCGAGUAGAAAAAGUUAUAGACACGAACAUUAUUCAGAUUUUUCCAAUAGAACUCGAAUAAUGAUGAAGUGAAAUUCGCUCGCCGAUGAAUCAUAUCAAAUAUUUAACCCUUUUCUCAUUAUCGUUUUAUGUACAAUAAAUUAAGACCGAAUGGAUGUUGAUGAAUUUGAUUAAGAUUCAUAUCUUCACUUUUAUUAUUUACAUCAUUUUAUCCAACUAACCAUUCAUACAUAUAUAUUAUUAAUGGAAAUGAUAAUAGUAGUACAUCAUUAUUAUUUUGAUUAUCAGCAAGAACAAUAGAUGUUGGAUUUGAUAUUCAAGAUUUUUGUUGAAGAUGAUUUUGAAUUAAAAUAGCUAAUUUUGUUUUAUAUGAACAUAAAUUAAGUAAAGAACUUGAAUUAGAUAAAGUAGGAACAAGAAGACACUAUGAAGCUAUUUGAGUUUUUUGGAUAUUCCAAUGAAAAUGAUCCAAUUCGGAUGGAUCGAAGAUAACAACAGAAGAACUAUCAUCAUACAUUGUCUCCAUUUUGGCUUAUCUGAAACAAAAACGAAAUCUAUUUAAAUAAUUAAAUCUUUUCUAGUUUAGUUGGUCAAAUAGAAAACAUAAGUUAAUCCUCUUGUUCCAUCAUCAAAUGGAUACGUUCGAUUUCCAAGAUCUUUUCCAACACUUACUCUACAAUCAUAUCUUCCAAAUAUUCCUGAUAGUCUCUAUCCAAAUUUUAUUCCUCCUAUAGGACCCAUCAGUUUCCAACAACUACUCCAAAUUCAUAUCCUCCUACUUCGACUUCAAUGGGACUACAUAUGAUGAAUUAUAAUGCUGAUCCUAGUUUUCUACAAUCAUUACUUCCUAUUCUAAAUAGUGGUGAUGGAGUAAAUGAACUUUAUAUAUGGAAAUUAGCAAAUACAACAACAGCACCUGAUAAACCCAUCACAUCUCGUGUUAAACUAACAACAACAUGGUUUCUUGAACAUAGUGACGAUGAAGGAACUGAUGGUGGUAGUGAAGAAACAAUAACAACAGCAACAGCAAUUGGAUGA